CGUCACUUCCGCUGGGGGCGGGCCGGAGGGGUGGCGCCCUGGCCGCCGGUCGAGGCUUGUGUUGGAAGCUCAGCUGCCUGCAGGCCGGCGGGCGGAGACGUGCGAGCCUGGGCAGGGUCGGAGCUACUGCGGCCUGUAUCCCGGUAAGACCAUGACUUGUGACAUUUCUUAAAUGAAGCAUUCAGGAAUGAAGUGAGAGAAUGUCAUUUAGAAAAUAGGUGAUUUUUAAGUUAUGUCUAUUAAUUUGACUGUAGAUCUAUGUAUUUACCUCCUUAGUAAUGCCAGAAGUUUUUGUGGGCAGCACAGACGCAAGCAGCUGCACUUCUUGUACUCACCUAAGCUUUACUGGAAGACCAGCUACGUCAGUCUACAAAGAGGUUUUCAUCCACACAAAAUAAGAUGUAAAUGGACCAAAAGUGAAACACGUGCUUGCAGUAAGCAGUAUUAUCCUCAAGGCAAACAUGGUUUACAUAUUGGAAUCUUGAAACUUAGUGCGUCUGCUCCCAAGGGACUUACAAAAGUGAGCAUUCGUAUGUCCCGUAUCAAAAGUACUUUGAACUCUGUUUCGAAGGCUGUUUUUGGCAAGCAGAAUGAAAUGAUUUCACGGUUAGCUCAAUUUAAGCCAAGUUCUCGGAUAUUCAGAAAAGUAUCAGAUAGUGAUUGGCUGAAAGAGGGAAAUAUUAAACAAGCCAUCAGAUCCCUGCAAAAAUACAGUGACAAGCCAACAGAGAAAAGUUCCAUACCAGAAGACAAAAGCCACGUCCCCGAUAAGGAAGAUAGCAGCAAACAAAGCCUUUUUCAUUACACGGGGACGAUAACCACAAAGUUUGGAGAGUCGUUCUACUUCUUAUCAAACCAUAUUAAUUCAUACUUCAAGCGGGAGGAAAAAAUGUCUCAAAACAAGGAAGACAGACAAAUGGAGGAAUCAGAACUCGAAGGUAAAAAGGUGGAAGAAGGGAAGUCCAGUUCCGUAGAUCCUGGCAUCCUGGUGGCUGAGGCCGACCCCGAGUCUUCCCUGGGGACAGUGGACAAGGCUGCGAGUUCCAGCAGUGUGGCCGAGGCUCUUCCAGUUUCUACCAAACAGACCAUUGCUAACUUUCUUUCUCGCCCCACUGAAGGUGUACAAGCAUUAGUAGGUGGUUACAUUGGUGGGCUCGUCCCCAAAUUAAAGUAUGAUUCAAAGAGUCAGGCCGAGGAGCAGGAGGAGCCUAAGGCUGAGUCGACAAGCAGCAGAGACAAGGCUGGCGAGGUGAAGAAGUACUUGUCUCUUCAACGGGAAAAGAUUAUUGCACGGGUGAGUAUCGAUAACAGAACCCGAGCGUUGGUUCAGGCGCUGAGAAGAACAUCUGACCCAAAACUCUGCAUCACAAGGGUGGAAGAGCUGACUUUCCAUCUUCUCGAAUUUCCGGAAGGAAAAGGAGUGGCUGUGAAGGAAAGAAUUAUUCCUUAUUUAUUGCGACUGAGGCAAAUGAAGGAUGAAACUCUUCAGGCUGCAGUUAGAGAAAUUUUGGCCUUGAUUGGUUAUGUGGAUCCAGUGAAAGGCAGAGGGAUUCGAAUUCUUACAAUUGAUGGUGGAGGAACAAGGGGUGUGGUUGCUCUUCAGACGCUCAGAAAAUUAGUUGAACUUACUCAGAAGCCAGUUCAUCAGCUCUUUGAUUACAUCUGUGGUGUAAGCACAGGUGCCAUAUUAGCUUUCAUGUUAGGACUGUUCCACAUGCCACUGGACGAAUGUGAGGAACUUUAUCGGAAACUAGGAUCAGAUGUAUUUUCACAAAAUGUCAUCGUUGGAACAGUCAAAAUGAGCUGGAGCCAUGCAUUUUAUGACAGUCAGACAUGGGAAAAGAUUCUUAAGGAGAGAAUGGGAUCUGCACUAAUGAUUGAAACAGCAAGAAACCCCACGUGUCCUAAGGUAGCUGCUGUGAGUACUAUCGUAAACAGAGGGAUAACGCCAAAAGCUUUUGUGUUCAGAAACUAUGGUCAUUUUCCUGGAAUCAAGUCUCAUUACUUGGGAGGCUGUCAAUACAAGAUGUGGCAGGCCAUCAGAGCCUCCUCCGCUGCCCCGGGCUACUUUGCAGAAUACGCCCUGGGAAACGAUCUGCAUCAGGAUGGAGGUUUGCUUCUGAAUAACCCUUCAGCAUUGGCAAUGCAUGAGUGUAAGUGCCUUUGGCCAGACGUCCCGCUGGAGUGCAUUGUUUCCCUGGGCACUGGCCGCUAUGAGAGCGAUGUGAGGAACACUGCAACAUAUACAAGCCUGAAAACCAAACUUUCUAAUGUCAUCAACAGUGCUACCGACACAGAAGAGGUCCAUAUUAUGCUGGAUGGUCUGUUACCUCCUGACACCUACUUCAGAUUCAAUCCUGUCAUGUGUGAGAACAUACCUCUGGAUGAAAGUCGAAAUGAAAAACUGGAUCAGCUGCAGCUGGAAGGCUCCAAGUACAUAGAAAGAAAUGAACAAAAAAUGAAAAAAGUCGCAAAAAUCCUGAGUCAAGAAAAAACAACCCUGCAGAAAAUCAACGAUUGGAUCAAAUUAAAAACUGACAUGUAUGAAGGCCUUCCGUUCUUUUCAAAAUUGUGAUGAGUGUGCA